AUGCUUCAAUGGUACCAGCGCUGUCUUCGUUCCUCGCCCCUUCUCACGCAAAGCGUCACGACCAGCGUACUCUUCGCUGCCGGCGAUAUCUCAGCACAGCAACUCAUUGAAAAGAGGAAACCUGAAGCGCAUGAAUGGGCGCGAACCUGCCGCAUGGCAUGCUAUGGAGGCCUCGUAUUCGGGCCCGCAGCGUCAACUUGGUAUAGACUCAUUGCUAGCCAGAUCAACUUUCGAGAUAUGAGAAAGACUCUUCUGGCCAGAGUGGCUUGCGAUCAACUGGUCUUCGCACCAGUCGCUACCGGCGUCUUCCUGUCGAGCAUGGCGCUGCUCGAGGGUGCAGAUCCAAGACAAAAGCUUGACGAGAGCUAUUCCACAGCACUGGGAACUAAUUACCUGGUUUGGCCCAUGGCACAGUUUGUCAAUUUUAAAUUUGUUCCCGUGCAGCACCAACUCUUAUUCGUGAAUGUUGUCAGUCUCGGCUGGAACUGCUUCUUAAGCUGCUUGAAUAGUGGCAGCAAAGAGGCGAUUCAGCACUCGCAGGUUUUGUAA